GUUCUUCCAGUGGCCGAGGAAACACCGGCCGUAGCGCUGAGCCCAGAACGGCUUGAUUGCACUCCGCCUGCCAAUGUGUGCCCGAAGCUCCACGGCGUUACGCAGCCAGCAAAAGCGCCCGUGCCGCAGCCCGCACUUCCCUCUGCUGCAGAUGUCAACUGUGAGGUGUUCACGGAUGCCUUUCAGGGAGCCAACAAGAGGAGCAGCCCGGGACCUCUCGAGGAGAGGCCAGCACAGCAGCCGAAGGGCAAAGGAUUGGCAGCAGCCGUCGGCACCAUGGAGAUCGGGGUAUUCGAACCACCAGGAUUCGUCCUUCACCUAGGUGCAGGGACGAGAGGAAUCAUUCGGACAUUGGUUGCAGCGAGCGCGGAGUAUGCGACCUUGAAAGAUCGACUUGCCAAGAUGGAGGAGACACCGGACCUACUGGCCCAUGUUCGGAAACUGGGAUGGCAUCACCCAACGGACAGCCAAUGGCUUCAUCUCAGGUGGAGCCAGGAGCGAGAGCAGCUCAUUCCAGAGGAGCCACAAAGGAUGUUUCCACAUGCAGCCUUGAGCGGUCACCUGGACAGCAUUCUGGAGAUUCUCGAAGAAGACAAGGUGUUGCAUCAAUUCAAUGCCACCCGCCGCUUCAACGAUCAGACAGACAGCACAGUCAUGUUUUUCAUCCGAGUGUCACUUCAGGGGCAGAAGGCCCAGCUGUUGUUCCAGCGUCUCCUGGCCCUAUGCGGUCUGGGAUGCCUUCAGAUGAUCGAUGCCACAUUGCGCAGGGAAAGAUUGGAGCCACAGCCGUUGGCCAAGCAGCUUCGCAACCUGAGCGAUCGUCGCAAUCGUCAAGGCAUGGAAACUUCGCAACCAAGGUCCAGCGGGCAACUCAUUUCGAACCUUGAUGCAGGCGACAACAUGAUGUGA